UGAAACAUUUGGAGUGCUUUGUUCUUGUUCAUUGCAUGGUGAUGGCUGAGCAAGUAGUGGAGGAGGAGAUAAUCAACGUUUCAAUGUACCAGGGAGAUUCCCACAGUGUAUGGAGAGACCCUCGCAAUACGCCAGUCAUCACCAUCUCUGAUGACUCUGACUCAGAUGAUGAUCCUCCAGUUGUGGCCAUUGAGAAUCAACUCGCAGAGGAUCAAGAUGUUGUACUCAUUGAGACCCCUGUAAGACAAAUUCGACCUCCUAUCAUCAUCCGACCUGCAUCGGAAUGGCGAAAUAUGCAACAAGAGGAACAGCCAAGGGAAAACCAUGGAGGAAAUGAAAACUUUGAGGAGGAUCGGAGUUGCAUCUUGGUGGCGCAGCAUAAAAUUACGUCCGAUUUAGUUGAGGUAAAGGCAGAACCUAACCAAGCCCACCCUCAGCUGGCCACCAGAAAUCAGGACAUUGCAGCAGGUGAACAACAACAUAUUGCACAAAGGAACCAAGAACAAAAUCAGGUGGACCCUGGAGUAGCUGUUGGUCCUACUCAGGAUGUGCAGGCUCCUGAAGUCCAAGCAAAUGAAAUUGAACUACUGGGCAUUCCACUUUUUCCACCAGCUAAGGUGACAGAAACCGAACAGGAAGAAGCUUCAGUGAGACUGGUGAGGGAGCAAGAUCCUGUGUUACCUCAGCCAGAUAUUUUACAGGACCCAGUACGAGAACAGAUUCAGCAAGUUGGUAAUGAACGCAUUGGGCAGGGACACCAAGGGGAGGAUGUAUUAGAAAAUAUAAUAAUGGACUUGGAGAAUUUUGAGGAAGCUGCUGGUGAAGGCAAGGAAAUCUUAAGGUCACUUGUGAAAGAAACAGUGAAUCUGUUCCCUGAUAUCGAAGAACAGUUCGUUGAAGAGCUGAUUACGACAAAUGAAAUCUGGGAUUUAAAUGUCUUGUGUAACCACCUCCUGGAAAAUCCUGAUUAUCCGAAGAAAAAUUUAAUUUUCUCACACAGCAGCAGUUUGCUUGAAAGUAAUGAAGAGAAACCUAAAAUGGAUUUUUUCGACUUCUCGAAGCUUGCUCCUGUGAACCAGCAAUGUUUUCUUCAGGCUUCUGACCUCCUCAUGGCAGAUUUUAAAAUGUUAAACAGUCAAGACAUCAAAUGGGCUUUACAUGAGCUCAAGGGACACUAUGCAAUCACCCGCAAGGCCUUAUCAGAUGCUAUUAAGCAAUGGCAGGAAAACUCGCCGCAAUCCAGUCAAAAAAAGAGCAGAAGAAAAGAAAUGAGCUCAUCUAAUUCAAUCAGUUUCAAAUUCGAACAAGGUGCCUUUAAAAUAGAGAGACAGAUGCGCUUUCUAGAAAACAAAAGACGACACUGGAGAUCGUAUGACCGGGAUGGCCUUCAUCCUCUAGUGCGACAAGAACUGGAGUUCUUCCAUCAGAAGAUGAAAGAGAUGGAAGAGGUGAAUCAUGUGCUCAAGAUGUACAGCAGUGGAAGUUCCAAAAUUCUUAAAAGUUUAUCUCAAUUCAUGUCUGGUGGCGAAACAAUUGUCUUUGUGUUUUUCAAUGUAUCAUUGUGUCUGGUUUACUCUUAUUUUCAGUCUCAGUUGUGUUGCAUGGACAGUUGCUGUAGCUGCACGUUCCUCAACGGUGAACUGGAAAAGGUACUGCCAGAGAACAUACUAUGCAAAUACUAUGAACGUCAAGCAGAAGAGGCAGUCGCUACAGCCUGUGCUGAUGAGCUAGUACGAUGUCCAUUCUGCAACUUUCCAGCACUACUGGACAAAGAUAUUAAUAUGUUCAGCUGCCCCAAUCCUCGCUGUCGAAAGGAAAGUUGCAGGAAGUGUCAGGUGUUGUGGAAAGACCAUGCUGGGCUGUCAUGUGAUCAGGUGGUCGAAAAAGAUGAAAUCAAAUUCAGGACGUCAUUUGAGGAAAAAAUGACCGCAGCUGCGAUCAGGAAAUGUCAUAAAUGCACAAUGGGCCUCAUAAAAUCUGAAGGAUGCAACAGGAUGUCCUGUCGUUGUGGGGCACAGAUCUGCUACCUCUGCCGGGCUCCAAUAAAUGGGUAUGACCACUUCUGCCAACACCCACGGUCACCGGGUGCGCCUUGUCGUUUAUGCAAGAAGUGUUCUUUAUGGACAGAUCCUAAGGAAGAUGACGAGAGACUCAUCCGGGAGAUUCAAAGUGAAGCUGAAAAUGAACAAAAGAAAAGGAUUGGAGAGCAAGCUGUGAAAAGAAUUGGGCCUCCUCCAGAGGAUCCUCCUCCCAAGAAUGCAAGAAUUGAAGAAAGAGGUCAAGCAGUGCAUCCUGGAGUGAAUUUCAACCGCAAUGACCUUCCUCGACCAGCGCCAAUGAUACCCGAAUUUCCCCCUAUCCCACCUGUGCCCCCUCAUCUGCAGGUCCCCUUUCCACCGCCUCCCUAUUUUCACUUCAACUUUGACGCUCUGCAGCAUAUUAAUUUUGAGCACGAGUACCCAAUGCACUUUGGCCCGCAGCCCUACCACCGGCGUCAUCGCCACCACCAUCACUAUCACCAUCGUCACCAUCAUCAUCCUCCUGAGCCUCCACACCACCAUCAUCCGCCACACCAUCAUCGUGACGGUCCCCAUGGACACCCAAAUGUGCCGCCGGUUUACCAGCCACCACAGAACCAUAUGAUGUUCAACUUUGUACCGGGACCAGAGCAGCGUAACCUUCGAUGACCAGCAUUGCCCCUGUAGACUUUCUUUUGAGCCAAAGAGACCUUUGGUGUUUGCUGUUUGCUGAAUGUUUAAAUGAAAGGCCACAGAUAGAUUUACUGUGUAAAUACUGAUCAAAUAAACCAUACUUUUUUUCUUGCAAAA